AUGUCAUCGAAUCGGCCGUCGGCGUUCUCGAGCCUGCGCAUGGGUGAGGUAAUCCGGGAAAAGGUGCAGGACGGCCUAACAGGCGAGUACAAGGAUUUGGCAUACACGCAAUGCAAAAUCGUCGGUAAUGGGUCCUUCGGUGUGGUCUUCCAGACCAAGCUCUCACCCAGCGGCGAGGAUGCCGCCAUAAAGAGGGUCCUGCAAGACAAGCGGUUCAAGAACCGAGAGCUCCAGAUAAUGCGCAUCGUCAGGCAUCCAAAUAUUGUGGAGCUCAAGGCCUUCUUCUACAACAACGGCGAACGGAAAGACGAGGUGUAUCUUAACCUGGUGCUUGAGUUCGUUCCUGAAACAGUCUACCGCGCCUCAAGAUACUUCAACAAGCUCAAGACAGUCAUGCCGACACUCGAAAUCAAGCUCUACAUCUACCAGCUCUUCCGCUCCCUAGCCUACAUCCACUCGCAGGGCAUCUGCCACCGAGACAUCAAGCCGCAGAAUCUCUUGCUAGACCCGAACACCGGCGUCCUGAAGCUAUGCGACUUUGGGAGUGCCAAGAUUUUGGUGGAGAACGAGCCGAACGUUUCGUACAUCUGCUCGCGGUAUUACCGGGCGCCCGAGCUCAUCUUCGGCGCGACGAACUACACAACCAAGAUUGAUGUGUGGUCCACUGGCUGCGUAAUGGCAGAGCUGAUGCUCGGGCAGCCAUUAUUCCCCGGCGAAUCAGGCAUCGACCAAUUGGUUGAGAUCAUCAAAGUGCUGGGGACGCCCACUCGCGACCAGAUCCGAACCAUGAACCCGAACUACAUGGAGCACAAGUUCCCACAGAUCAAGCCGCACCCCUUCAACAAGGUGUUCAGAAAGGCUGAUCCCAACGCCAUUGAUCUCAUUUCGCGCCUCCUCGAAUACACGCCUACCCAGCGCCUUUCAGCAAUUGACGCCAUGGUGCAUCCUUUCUUUGACGAGCUCAGAGACCCAAACACCAAGCUUCCAGACUCUCGACACGCGAAUGGCGGUGCCAAGGAUCUCCCGAAUCUUUUCGACUUCUCGCACCACGAGCUCUCCAUUGCACCACACCUCAACCGGCAGCUCGUGCCCCCUCACGUGCGCGCGCGCUUGGCUUCGCAAGGCCUAGACAUCGACUCUCCUAAUUUCAAGCCUCUCUCGAAAGACGAAAUGAUUGCCAGACUGGACUAA